AUGACCACAGCAGAGAUUAUCAUGUCAGUGCAAGGCACUUUCAAGACUGCUGUAAUUAUUAAAGAUGCAAUUUGUAAAAUCAAGGACACCGUUCAUGGUGUUACAAAUGCGCAAAAGCAUGGUCCUCAAAACCUGGACAAGGACGCUAUGUAUCUCUCCGUCAUCAUGGAAGAAAUGAGAUCGUGGGCAUUCAAAGAUUUCUCUACCCUACAGUGGAAGCCAUGGAGCAAUAUAGGGCAAUUUAGAAUGAUGCGGAUUACCUCAAAGGUAUGCCAGCAUUUGUGCUAGGG